UCACCCAUGGUGGAAGAAAGAUCCCUUGCCCUUCUUGCAAAGGGAGCAAAGCAAAGACCAGCCUAGUUCGUCACAGUCGCAUCUUCUGCCAUUCAUUCACUGUCAGGUAGCCUUUUGAUAGUGACUGGGGUGGGGACUGAUGGGCCAGUAAACUGCAAUCGUGGCAAUAUGAUGAUGUUCUAGUAACUAUUCUAAACAAGACUGCUUUAUUGGACCGUGAAUAUCAUCCAAUAUCCUGCGUUUAAGCAUUAAGGUGCAGGAAGUGCGGAGAAUGAGCUGUCCUGGUGCCUGCUUGGAAGACGCGGCUCCCGGGUCUGCACCGUCUCCACUGAUUAGCGUUUGACCGGCAGAGCCGAACAGGGCGAGGAUGCUGGGUGUUGACAGCUCGCCUAGGACUUGGGAUAGAUCGAUGAUGACUGUUGGUAGGCUGCGGAGAGUCGCUUGUGGUUUUCAUCAGAACUACAAACAUGCUGCAGCGUGUUGGUGUGGCAGUCUAGCUAAAGAAAAGGACAUCUAAAUGAAUUUACUUUGGGGCUGAGACCGGUUCAGUUGAAAUCCAGAUGAAGUUUCUGUCUUGGUUGUGAAUGUCAAGGACUCAUCGUGUGUUUCCCAUGUGUUAUUGGGAAACUCUCUCUUCCCCUUUCUUGCAUGUUGUACAAGCUUUGCUCAUACCACUGACAAAGGGAAAUGAAGAAACCACUCAUCUUCAGAAGCCUUUUCAACCAGACAUGAGAAUGUUGUUUUGCACAAAGCACUGUUCUCUUCAGGUUAAUUAAUUUGUUGUAGUAUCGUCAUCUUUAUAUAUACUUGACCCUUUAUGCAUUUAAACUGAUGUUCUCUAACUCUGCCUUUAAGUGAUUUUGCAUUUAAUUUAGCGGGGAAAAGUUGACAAGAGGAGGGAGAAGGUGCUUAGUGGAACUCACUAAUUAUCUGGCUAUUGGUACUUGGGCUGCUUGAAGGAGAGCAGGGUUUUGGCUGAACGUGGUUUGCACAAGUUGGAAGUUGCUAGUCCUUGCCUGAUAAACCCUAUUAAGUCUUGUGUGAACUUGCUCAUCCCUUGCAUGUAUCUGGCCUAGACUAAAACCAAGAGCAGCCCCAUCUUUUUGGAUCUGUUUAUUCAAGAUUUGAGUGUUUAAAAUGUUGUUCUUCAAGAUGGUAAAGUUGGGGGCAACAAUUUCUCCCUUUCAGGGCUGCUGUUUUGGCUGCGGUGAGUUCACUGCAAAGCUGAGCACAAUUAUUUGGAUUGCGCCAGCAACACGCUGGUUAAAACCAGGAUGGCUGAAAACUGAAAAAGGAUCUUCAUUUCUAAUGAGCAUUUUCGCAGUGGUGCCUGAAGAAAAGUGUUGGGUUUCAGUGCAAUUCACAUGGCUCGUGUGCGAGCACAGCAGUUGUCUGCAAAUGCCUGCUUCCAGGGAUUUGUACCGCUGCAUUUUUUCCUACUUCUAUAACUUGCAUUUUGAAGAUUAUUUUUAAUGAAAAUAGCCAUCCUCAGUCAAGUGAGAAAGGUAUGUGAAACUGUGCUGAGCUCAGCUAAAUUCUUGAUGUUGCUCUCCAGACAUGUGGAGGAAGGAGGUUUUUCCAAGAGCUUUUUUCCCUACUUUGAACUCCAGUCUAAGUAAGGAUUUAUUUUUUUUCUUGAGGGGAGAAAAUACCAACAAAUGAGAACAAUGAAUUUCUGACUGUAAUUUCUCUACCUGCAGUCUGUUACGAAGGAGGAGGGCAGUGCUGAUGCAGCUUCUCAUGCUGUUGUUCCCUUAUUGCAAUGGUGAUAACUGCUUUUUCCCGUUCCUGUCUGCCAGCCAGCGUCUGCAGGGGAAUAUCUUCCAGUACAUCGUAACUUCAUUUCAAAUCCCAUUUACCUAUUGACCCGAUUAUUGAAACAACCUGUGGGGACUGAUGAUUUCUUAUUUUUUGUUUUUAAUGGGGUUUGCCCACUGGCAAGUUAAUCAUUGCUCAUUCUCUUUAGGACACUAAAAGGCCACCAGAUUGCUGCUUUGGAGAAGAUGUAGUGAGUCAGUGGAGAGCAGGAUGGGACUGGAAUAGCAGACAGUAUGUCUCAAUCCAGAGAUACAUCUCAAUGCACAGACUCCAGUUUCUGGUGUUUUCAGAAGGGCUUGUGAAUAAUGAAUCUGGCUCGGUAUAGCUGUGGGUCAACGGAGAAGAUGCUGAUGUGACUCGGGGCAUCUCCAUGGGAUGUUCUGGAGGGGGGAUAGAUAGAUGCUCUUUUCCCAUGCUGGGUACAGGGGUGACCUUCCUAGGGACAUACGUCUCCUUUGAAUUCAAGGUUUCUAGAGCCAAGGAUGAUCCAUCUUUGUUAUUUUUUCCUCCCCAUAAAUGCUUGUUCUAAGGAUCCAGGUCUUCUGAUAAAGCCCAAUUAACUUCUGGCUCUCCCUGUGCCCUUUUCAUCUGGCUGCCUGUGGGAGGAAACCUGCUGCUGGGUGUCUGCUGCCUUGUCGCAGCAGCUCAUAACAGGUGGCUGCUCUUGGAAGGCUCAUACCCACCCCCCCAUCCCAGUAAAACUCUCCUUAAAUAACCUUAAAACUGCAUUCAGCUGUAGCUGUUACCUCUUUGUGGAUGAAAAUAGUGUGGUGGGGCGAGCCACGGUGGUUCUGUUUAGUUUUUGUUACCCUUCAAUGUUUUUGAAGAGUGUUUAUUUACUUAACUGUGGCAAUGCCGGCUUGUUCCUAUCCCAUGGCUAAAAUAACCCCCAUUUAAAAUACCUGCAUUUGAAGCUGUUGUAGUUCUUGACAGCCCUGAAAGCAAAUUUGCUUUAGAAAAGACACUGAUGUUCCAGCCAUAGAAAAGUGGUUUUCAGUGGGAGUACUUGAAUUUUUAGACAGUCUCAUUUCUAGAAGAGCAGCCAUGCGAAGCUGCAUGGACUCUUGAAGGGGUUUUGCUUUUGCAGUGGCCUGAAGAUGUGCUCCAGUACAGAGGUUGCAGCGUGCCCCCUUCUGCUGUCACCGCUAAAGCGAGGUAGGAAAUGAGCUGCUUGCGUAUCUGUCAUUGGUGUUAUUUAAUCCCGUAAUUAUCCUCAUAAGCAACAGCUUCCAGCUCCUCUCUCCAGCCUGGGUUAAGUGUCCCACAAUUGCAGGAUGUGCCGUGGGCAUAAUUUUAGGCAGUGGACGGGAAAUAGUUUUUAAAGACCUCUGAACAUUUACUUCCUAAGGCCCAACUCUUAAAAUGCUUGAGAAGAAGGGAAAAAAAUCAGUUCCUGUGGGAAGGAAGAGAUGUUGGGAUUUUUUUUUUUUUUUUUUUUUUUUUUUUUUUCCAGUUUUACCAUGGGUGUCACAAUGUUUUCCAUGUCACAGCUGUGUUUGGAAGAAGGGGACAAGAAUGCACUUGCUUCUUAGGCAUUAGUGCAUGGCAGCUUUCUCUUGUAAGAGUAGCUAGAAGUAUUAGUGUAAGGGACAUGUGUUUAACCCCCCUUUUUUUGUUGAUCUGGAUGAACUCUGCUCCGUGGCUGAGAUGUUCUCCAGAGGGGAGCUCUGGAGAUGUUCUCCAAAGGGGACCUGUCGGAAAGCUCUCAUCUGCUCUUUCGAAACCCUCUGUUGAAACCAAGGUCCAAAUGCUCGUAGGAGGGAUUGAGACAUGCUACAGAAACAUCCGUGGCGUUCCUCUGUGCAAACUGCCCAUCUGUCUCCUGCUUCCCUUGAGCCAGUGGUUCUCUUCCAGGGAUUUGGUGUGGGCUGGUGUCACUGGGUCCUUGUAAGGUUUUGUUUCUAAAGAUAAAACUCUACCAGUUUCUCUACUUUUGAGAAACACAAAAGUAGGGGAGAUGGAAAGAAACUAAUUGGAUUGUGAUGUUAAAUUUUUUUGUGGUCUCUUCUGCAGUGAUGAGUGGCUUUGUCUGACCAGCACUUUGAUGCUGCCAGAAGUAAAUUUUCACAAGGCAAAAAAUAUUAAAUUUUUGGGUCUCUUAAAGCACAUUUCAUCUUCUGCAAGGGCGUUUCCUCAUGUUUCCUCAUUUGAGGUGAAAGAUGCACGUUUCUCCUGUCUUUUGGAGAGAGGAAUGUGUUAAAAAUGGUAAAACUGUGAUAUGUUUUGAGGCAGGCCAACCAGAACCAGGGCAGUUCUGGUGGGGAGGAGGGGAAGGCUUGGACGAUGGGCUGUUGCAGCGUGGUGCCUUUCCUUGCUCGGGCUUCCCAAGGUUUCCAAAGCAAGUGCUGUGUGUGGCAAUCACUGGGGACCAGGUACCUUCCCCAAACCACCCUUGGGUGGGCACUUGGUGGUAGAAACAACUGUGGGAAUAAAGGUGAAAGGAGGGAGAAUGUUGCAGGAGGAGGUGCUGAGGCUGGCCGUGACCUACACAAACAUCUCCAAAAUGCCCUACCAAAACGUCGUGUUUCUUUUCCACUGCGGUAAAGGCUGUAAGGGAGAGAGGCCGAGCAGCUCCGAUCCCUUUGAAGUGUACGCUCCUGGUUUUCACGGGUUGGUCUGCGUUGCCAUAGCCGACUUGCACUGCAUUAAGUGCCUCAUCCCUGGCUCAAGCGUGCUUCAAACCUGUCUCCUAGCAAUUUCUUUUACAAAUGACUAAGCGGGGGGAAAUAAAAUGGCAUUAAGAAAAGCCGUUGGCUCCUUGCAUGCAAUGGGGCAGUGAGAGGAGCCUGUGUUACCUGCCAGUGCUGCCUGCGCAAGGGUGCAGGACUGUGCUUUGCCCUGGGGAUGAGGUACCCAGCAUGGUGGUCCCAAUGCCCAGCUGCUGCUUCAGAGUACAUCCCACCACUUGUUCCCAUGAUAGCAGAGCACACCCUGGGCACAUUUAUCCCUGCAGCAUGCCGGCGAUGAAGGAGAUGCUAUUCUGACUGUAUGGAUGGGAAAUGUGGGCUCAGGGUGGUGUAAUUUCUGCCACAGAGCAGGGAAGUGACCCAGGAGACACAUAAUGAAUUGUUUAUGCUCUGUUGUCAUGUUAUCAGGGACUCAUGGUUAUUAUCCACCCCAUCCCAUCCUUCCUGCCACGGCCUGUGCUGCUCUCAUGCUUUCCAUUGCUCACCAUCCCCUUUCUUCCCGCAGACCCCAGCAGUGAGAGCCCUGGGUUCCCCAGUGACCUGGCGGGACCUGGUGCAGAGGAUGCAACCACUGGAGUCAUGUGUGGAGCAAACAUGGCAUAUACUGUCACCUACAAUUGCCACUGACUUCAUCAUGUAGUCAAAGGUCUGACCCAAAUGCAUUUAGAUGGUGUGGGUUUCAGAAGUUGGGUAAUGAUGACACCAUGGGGUCAUUUUGGUGGAGCUGGGAAAGAUCCUGUCCCCAUUAUGCGCGGUACCAGCAGGAGGAGUUGAAAUGUCACUGUUGCUAAAAUGCCACCUGCAGACCAGUGGCACAUACAGUUGGUGCCACCACCAACAAAUGAGGCGAGGUCUUACUCAAGACAAGGACAGGGAGCAGUAAGCAAGCCAGGCUUUCAAAUUGGCCAAAGACGGAUUUUGCUGUGGCUUAAGAGUGGCUCUGCCCCAGAGAAAUGGGAACCCCUUGCAUGGGUUACUGGCUUUCUAAGAGUCCCCUUGUGUCCCAGGCUUUGGGAUUGGGGCAGUAGAUUGCAUUUUAUGGUGCCAAGCAGAAAUGAAAUCAAGGUUUUUUCCUUCUUCUGGAAGACCUGAGCAGCUCUGGGGAGUUGCUGCAGCCUCUCAGAUAAGAAUGCUGGGGGUUGGAGGCUGAGUGACCACGUGACGGAGAUAACACCGGCACCUGCUUGCUGGGACAAACAACUCGUUGGCUGAUCCAGGUGCGGGUGAGUCCAUCUGCUCCCUGUGGCAGCAGGCAUUGCCCUGCAAAGGAGGGGGCAGCAUGUGCUCUGUUUCCCAAGCCUGUUGGGCUGUGCCACGUUUGCUUACGCAUGGCUUUAUAAAAAGGAGGUGCAGAAGCUUUCUCUGCUCCUUCCCAGGGUUUGGUUCAGUCUCUCUCCCCUGCACAGCCUUGGCUAUGGCUGGCCUGAAUGUCUCCAUUGCUUUUUUUUUCCUGGUUGUUGGGGUGUGCCAGGUGCUCAGGCAGCUUUCCAAGAGGCUUCUGUCUCCUGGAGCAUAUGGCUGCCUUGCCAGAGAACUUGCUGGCUCGUUACAGUUGUGCACAAGCUGCCUUGAGCUGAGGAUGCUGUUGGAGAUCGGUCUGUGGGGUGGCGGCUUUGGCCCAGACGUGGUCCUGACUCUGCUCUUCCUCCUCUUCGUGGUUCAUGGUGCCUCUUUUGAUGGAGCAUCCGCCAACCCGACCAUCUCUCUGCAGGAGUUCCUGCUCCUUGAGUCCAACCUCGCCGCAACUGCUGCCAAGCUGCUGGCCCAGGGUGUAGGCAUGGGGAUGGGCUGGGCUGUCACCAAGCUCUACUGGUCCUGGGAGCUGACGCAUUUCCACCUCAUCCAGAACCUGAUAGCAUCAGAGUGCAGCUCCUCCAUCCAUACCUCUCUGCACCAUGCUGCCUUUGUGGAAGGCACCUGCUCUUUCUUUUUCCACCUCGUCCUUCUCAAGUUGUGCCAGAGUCACCUGAUGUACCGGGUCCCUGCCCUGGCAGCGACUGUCACCUUCCUGACCUACACAGCUGUACCGUUCACGGGGGCCUUCUUUAACCCUGCUCUGGCUGCAGCCACCACCUUCCACUGCUCAGGGAGCAGCUUUUGGGACUAUGUCCAGGUUUACUGGCUGGGGCCCCUUGCAGGGAUGCUCGCUGCCCUCUUGCUGUACCAAGGCAACAUCCCACGACUCUUCCAGAAAAACCUCCUUUACAGCCAGAAGAGCAAAUACAAGAUACCCAAGGCAAGGAUGGUGGCGCAGGUAGAGGGUGACAAACUGCAGCAGAAGAGGAAAGGGGAGAAGAGCAACUCCAAUCCUUGUGCCUGAGCUGUGGACGGAAGCCAAGGAGGUCCCUGCAGCCCCUCUCCUGGGAGUGGGUUUCCUGGCGUGGAGGAUUUUGCUGCUCGUCCAGCCCAGCACCCAUCCUGCCCAUUCGGUCACUGCCACAGGGUGAGAUUUUGUUUUUUAAAGCAUCACAAAGGAAUUGGCCAAGCUGGCCUUGCAGGAUGUCUGAAUCCCUGAGCUCCCUUGGGAAUAGCUUUGAAAGUCUCCCUGGAGAGCCUGAAAUGUUUCAAGCCUGCAUUGCUGGCUCAAGCCGGGGGAAAAAAACCUAACACUUUUGCAUAAAUUGCUGGUUGUCUUGUAUUGCCAGGAAGCUUGCAGAAAGUCAGGACCAUUAUGUGGGUAGGCUUGAGCAACUCCCAGAUUAUUGCAUCGUGCAACGCUUGAAAUAAUCUGACUGGGUCUCUUGCAGCCGUAAAAACAAAGCAUAAACAAGUAACCGCCUUGGAAACUUGGGAUGAGGAGGAAGCAGGCUUUGAUCUUUCAAGUUACUAAAUGGAUAUUGGUCAAAAAUUGGUGUUCUUUGAGUUAAACUAAGGUCCUUGAAUUGCAUAAGCUGAACCUGGCAGUUCUUGGAGAGGAAUUAAAAGUGCUCCAGGGCAAGGGAGUUCACUGGCCACAGGACACCCUGCUCCUCUGUGGAUGCAGCGUUUAGCCUGGCUUUUGUGUGCUGUAAAGCAUCAAGAAGCAGUACACAAAGUGUCUGUGGUUAAAAAACAAGACCCAGACUGCUGGUAUGCAGCCGGUGUAGGUGAGCAAGUGCAUCCCAGGGCUCCUCUCUGUGUCUACAUGAAAUAUUCCUAAAGAUAAAAUUACAGUUUGUGGAAAUAAUAAUAAAAACAUAUGUUGUGAUUGGCAUUUGGGUGAGUGAUGUCAUUCCUGUGAGC